AUGAAAGGAGGAAGGAAAAAUCUCAAGAGGGCAAUUGAGGAUGAGAUGGAAACUCUUAAAGAAGGCCAAAGCAUAAUGCAGGUUGUCGAUUUGAGGGGCUCUAAUCUCAUCGAGGUAAUGGACUCGAAAGGAAUGAAAUUGAUAGCAAUAUUCCCAGCAAAAUUUCAGAAAAGCAUGUGGAUUAGACGAGGAAACUUUGUAGUUGUUGAUGAAAGUGGGAGAGAGGAGGCAGUCGAAUCUGGUAGAAAGGUGGCAGGCAUGGUGACACAAGGGUUAGGCCGACGGCUAAAAGGUGAAUAUGCAAUAGUUGUCGACAAGAUAUAUCAUGCUUAG